AUGUCCUCCGAGGCUCUCGCCGAGUUGUUGGCCGCGCCAGCGCUCGCUGCGCCGGAAGGGGUGACGCCAGAUUUCGAAAACCCGCCAAAUAGCAAUGGUUUGGCUUGGUUUGUGACAUCUAUUUGUAUGGUCGUUGCGACCGCAUGUGGCGCUUACUGGGGAACUGCCUACGCUGGCUAUUCGUUGAUAUUCACGCCUGGCUAUUAUGUUCACACUUGGAAUCUCCAGAACAAAGACAUCAUCCAACCACUUUAUUGUCGUCCCCACCAGGCGAUCUGGGAAUUCUACCUUCCCAGCAAAUGUUACUCUUUACCAAAUGUGAUGCUUACAUCUGCCUCCGUGCAAGUUAUCUCCGAUGUGACGAUGUUUAUCUUGCCACAGCGGAUUAUUUGGAGAUUACAGAUGAGCUGGCCGAAGAAGAUCGGUAUUUCUAUCAUCUUCGGUGUUGGUAUCCUGGCGUCUAUUUCAGCAAUUUUCCGCUUAGCCCAUACCGUCGCCUUCGCAAAACAAGCAGACAGCAUGUAUCUAAUCGGCCCUCUCCUCUUUUGGGCCUGUGCCGAGAUGACUUGCGGUUUCUUCAUCUUCAGUGUUCCCUGUUUGUCCAAGAUGAUCAUGGAGACCGGACUUGCUCGUCGCUUGACGAGCGCCUUUUCACUCAGUGCAAAGCCUAGCAACCCAUCUGAUCAGACUCCAAAUUCUGGCCCUCGCCAUGGGUCGCAUGCUAUCUCUCGAGGGAAUAUUUCUAAGCCGUGGCUCACGACAGAUACAAACUAUUCCCAGAUAGACGAAGACAAUAUCCCUAUGAGGGAUAAGGGGAAGUCCGAGUCACAAACAAAUUUACAUGAUGAUCUCGAGUCUCAAGAUUAUCGAAAUGAUGCCCAUGCUGGCAAAUUACAUGCCAGUGUCACGAAUGACUCUCGUUUUCACUCUAGUAGUGAACAAACAUCUUUGAAAGAAUCAAAUCUCUAG